GUCACGAGUACGACUGGGGACGCGGGGAGGACUGACAUGGGGAAAGCCAAGCGCGGCAGGAUGGCUUCCGUUACCCGUGGCUUGCCGAACUUCCCAUGAGUAUAUUCGGCUCACAAAGGGCUGUUUUUGGGCCACCUGAAUACUGUGGUCGAAGGCAGAGUGCGAGAAAUCCCGGCUGAGCGCGCCACUCCAGCCCUGGUGCGCAGCGAGCCGACUCAGCCGAGGGUCAGCGGAGACAAUGGAGAAACCUAUUUGAGGGUGUUCCGCGUGCGCUUGGACCGACGCGACGGAGGCAUCGUCGGCCCCGGGGCUGCGGCCGGAGGAGAGCGCCGAGGGCGACUGUGCAUCGCGUCUUGGUUCAGCAUCGCCUCGGCCUCCCUUCUUGUCUGUCCCCACCAUCAUCUCUAGUCUCCCGCUCCUUCAAUACAAGUCUCUGUUAAUCGUCGUGCUAUCGUCUGCCUUCGUCGCCAUGUUCUCCUCCCUCUCUGCUGCGCAGGUCGCACUCUCCCUCGUGUCUGCGUCUGGUAUUGCCCUCGGUGCCUCUGCACCGCUUAGGCGAGCUUCGACUUGCAAUGGCUUCUCAGAGUUAUGCGACAAGAGCUUUGGCAAUGUCUCCUUCGUAGGCGCCCAUGAUUCCUACGCAGUGGGCACGGACAACCUCGCCGUGAACCAGGAUUAUGAUGUCACCCAACAAUUGAAGGAUGGGAUUCGCAUGCUCCAGCUACAGGUUCACAACCAGGAUAACACCUUGCAGCUCUGCCACUCUUCUUGCUCCCUGUUCAAUGGUGGCACUCUCGAGGAUUACCUAAAGAAAGUCAAGUCAUGGAUGGACGACAACACCAACGAUGUCCUCUCCAUCUUGAUCGUCAACAUCGACAAUGUGGCACCUACGGAGUAUGCGACGGUCUUUGAGUCGGCUGGCUUGGACCAGGUGUCGUACUCACCGUCGAGCUCGACGCUGCCCGCGUCGGGUUGGCCGACUUUGGGGGAGAUGAUUGAUGAUGGCAAGCGCUUGGUCACUUUCCUCGACAACCAGGCCGAUACCUCUUCUGUGUCCUACCUUGUCGAUGAAUUCACCAACAUUUGGGAGACUGCAUACGACGUGACAGAUACCACCUUUGACUGUGAAGUCAACCGCACGAAGGGCGACACGUCCACGCAGAUGUACUUGAUCAACCAUUUCUUGGACAAAGUUCUGCUGGGCAACCCGGUUCCUGACAAGGACAACGCGGACACGACGAACGCUGCUUCUGGCACGGGUUCUCUCGGUACGCAGGUUGAGACGUGCACUAGCCAGUACGGCCGUGCGCCGAACUUCAUGCUCGUCGAUUUCUACGAGUAUGGCGGCGGCUCCGUCUUCCAGGUCGCGGCUGACCUCAACGGCGUCACCUACGACAACUCGAGUGUCGCGCAGCCGAAGGACUCCUCUUCGUCCUCGUCAGACUCCGACUCCGCCGUGUCCCUCCUGCAGAUGAAGGGCGCGUCGUGGCUUGCCCUCGGCGGCGUUCUGGCCGGCGCGUUCAUGCUUGUAUAAAAGCAGCGGACAUCAGUGCGAUAUUAUACGCGCAUUGUGCGGUAUAUUACUCUCACGGACCCAGUAGUACACACAUCACCACAAACGGACUACAGUAAUCACACACCCUAUUAUUCGUAUGGGAAUGGACACCAGUCAUCACAGUCGCAUUGUACAUGGUAGGACGAAUAGCAGGGAAGGUUCGUCGUGCGUCCGGUCAGGCUUUGCGCUGCAGCCGCCACUUGUAUAUGCGGGGCUUGUAGGCCUUGGGCUCGGUGGAUGCCUUCGCCUUGAGCGGGCGGCCGCCGCGGGCGUCCAGGGCAUCCUCAUCGUCACUGUCUUCGUCGUCGCUGGCCUCGACGCGCUCGGCCCCGCGCAGCUUUGUCCGCCCGCCCUUGCCCAUGAGCAGUCGCUGCAUCUCGAACUCGCGCUGUGCGUAGCGGAGCUGGCGAUCGCGGACGAGGCGGG